GCUGCCCACGAACCGCACCACCACCGGCCAUGCAGAACCAGUACGCCUAUGGACUACACAUGGUCGGGGCAACGAUGACGGAUGAAGACGGGUUCAAUCGAGGCUUCCUUUGUCGCUAUAUGGUCUCUGCUAAACAGUUCACCCUUACCACGGCUGUCAGAAUCACCAAUUGACCUGCUCAGCACUAAUACCAAGCAUUCGCUAACUAAGGUUCCGCCAACCUACGCAUAUCGAUCCCAACGAAGCUGCGGCAAUCCGAUACCUGACAUAGACGGACGCGAAUUUAAUUUAGCCGGUGCUAUCGGUGCCUAUGCUACUGCCUCUCGGAUAUUAUCUACAAUUGAGGGAGCGUGGAAGAUACUGGCUGGGCUGGUCAGGACUGCAAUGGACGUCUGCUGGUCAUUGCUUGUCAUUGCGUGGCCAUUGAGCUUACUAGUGUUUGUUGGAAAGUCUCUUUUGUCCUGAAACGUGUCUUUGUGGCGACCGGCAUAAUUGGCACCAGCUGUCUAUGGGAAUACAGUACGGAGCUCUGUACAGAGUAGUUAUCUGCUGUAUAUGUCUCUGCAGUAGGCAUUGGCUUUAGACCUCUACUCGAACACGCCAUGCAUAAUUACUAACACUCAUAAACCAACACGCAUAACUACAUGC